GGGGGGCAGGAGGUACACCCAGCUGUGGGACGCUAUAUGAUCGGAGGCAGAAGAGCCGCCGCCUCAGUGAUAAGGAGACUACCAGACUACCCACACGCCCGGCCCUCUCCUCCAGAUGGAUACUACGAAAAAGACGGACGAGUCUGUCAAUAAGACGGAUGAGGCUGCCAUUAAGACGGACGAGGCUGUCAUGAAGAGGACGUUAGAUGUCUUCCUGCCUGGCCUGAAACCCUCUCAGGUCGUUGCCAACUACGACGAUUGGGCCGAAUCCUACGAGCAGAUGCUGGGGGACGGGAGGCUGAAUGCGUCUACCAUCGCUGUGGAGGAGGUGGCGGAGAUGGUUCCCGAGGAGCGCCGGACUGAGGUCCGAGUCCUAGACGUGGCCGCAGGCACCGGCCUGGUCGGCCUCCACUUGCACAAGAAAGGAUUCACGAAGAUAGACGCCCUGGAGCCCUCAGAGGGAAUGAUGAACGUCCUUAAGGAGAAGAAAGUUUACUCCAAGACUUACCUGGACCUUAUCACCAGCACCCCGACCACCGUCCCUACUGGUACCUACGACGUGGUGGUGAUCUCUGGCGGGAUGGGCGACAGCCACAUCCCUGUCCAGGGCGUGGAUGAGUUCAUCCGCGUCGCUAAGCCAGGUGGUCUGGUGAUCAUUGUGAUGCGGCUGGAGUUCCUGUGGAUCACAGAGCAGUACAAGGACAAGCUGGAGCCUUACAUGGACCAGCUGGAGAAGCAAGGCGUCUGGCGCAAGGAAGCGAGGAAGGUUGUGCCAAACUAUUACUUCAAAAAGGAUGGAGUGGUGUUCAUCUAUCGUGUUCUGUGAGGAGGAAACAGUGUUUAUCUAUCGUGUUCUGUGAGGAGGAAACAGUGUUUAUCUACCGUGUUCUGUGAGAAGGAACCGGUGUUUAUCUAUCGCGUCGACCCGUGAGUGACAGGCGACCAACCAACACUUGUGGUUGUUGGAACCGUCCUCCCCAGGAGAAGAGAUAUGCCUAACUGUUCAAUAACCUUUAUAUCAUCGAGGAGAGGCUUCCAACGCACCAUUUUAAAUCCUCCAGUAAAAGAUCCAGACAUGAUGCUUGAAACGAUCGAGUAAAGAAACUCGGAUAAAUCACUGCGUUCAAUAUUAUUAAUAAAACGUGAUUUUAUAUAUUGUUGACAUUAUUAUAAUUUAUGUCACCGCAAUAACUGUUGAAGAUAAUGAGCUCAACAUUCAGGAGGCUCGCCUUGCAUGUCUUUCUUUUGAGUUUUUUUCUUUGUAAAUUACUGUGGAUAAGUCCACAUUACAAUACAAAUAUUAUAAUAAUUAGAAUACAAAGAUUAAAUUGUAAUUUUUGAAGACGUUAA